AUGGAAUUAAUAUUAAAGGGAUUCAACGGAAACACGAAACGCCUGACUUUGGACUGCAAUGCCACAGUUGGUGAACUGAAGCAGCUCAUUAUGCAAGACUUCAUCAACUUUGACAAUGAUUCCAGAAGCCUCAGAAGUUAUGGUUUGACCGCAGAGUCCUCCCUGAUGCUACUUGUUACAAAUCCUGUUAAGAUUCCUGUAAGUAUGCAGUUGUUUGUCAGGAAUGAGAAGGGCACAACGAGUACCUACGACGUUGAUCCCAAUGAGACAGUGAAUCAGCUCCAGCAGAAGAUCUUCAAUAAAGAAAGAGUCCCGUUGGACCAGCAGAGGCUCAUUUAUAACGGCAGGCAACUGGAGUCCGGCAGGAUGUUGAAAGACUACGACAUUACAAAUCAAAGCACCAUUCACAUGACUCUCCGUUUACGUGGAUGA